AUGGCAAACGGGGACGUGCAUGAAAUAAACGGGCGUGGUGCAAACACGGAGUUUAUCUCAUACAACACAUGCAUUCGGUCCACGGGCGUCGUUCUGGCGGUUAUACCUUCGAAGUGUUCAUUUUCGGAGCGGAUUGGGUUUGAUAGUAGCGGAAGUAGUGGUUCACGUUCGUUCGGAGAGGUACUUGAUGACUCCAACGUCUUCGGGGUGACGCGGUCAAUGGGGCUGGUUGCUGCGAGUCGUCUCCUUCACCAGGAGACAGAACGAAGGUGUGGCAGCAGGGCAAGCAGGGGGGAUGGCGCUGGUCGUCGUCGUUCGGCACACAGAAGCUGGGUAGGCCAGCGACGAGGGCUUGGGGAGGUCGAUCCGGUCGCCUCCGAGGCUUGGGCACGCCGGAGCUUUGAGCUGGAGGCGGCGGAUGGCAUCCAUGGCCAUGGCUGCUUCCGGAGCUUCGCCACAGGUGCUCAGACAAGGCAGGGCACGGGAGCUCGAGGUCGAUGGCGUCGGGCGCUGGCCAACACGCUCGCCAGGGACGCGUGCGGCAGGGAACUCCUGCCGGUUCGGUCGGCCGGCGACGAGGCUGACGAAGGAGGAGGGAGAGGGGAACGUGACGAGGGCGUGGUGCUGCUCGGCGGCUUGGACUCGCCGGCCAGGGCGGCAGCAGGGAGCUCCUGCUCCCACCGAAGACGACAACGGGAGACCUGCGUGACGAGGCGGCUUGAGAGAAACGGCGACGGGAGGAAGGGGGAGAGGCGGCGCGAGGCCAGGUGGAGAAGUGGGAUCGAUAGGAGGCUCUCGCUUCUCCAUCACUAUGUGUGCGGCGCAGGAGGAGGAUGA